UUAAGGCUGCGUAGUUGUUGGGCGUGUACGUGCGACAAUGCCUCGCGCAUAGCUACUCGAGCUAUUUUUAGGGUGUGUUGCCUUGCGCUGCGUGUGUAGAAAUGUGUAAAGGGUCUCGUACUCAACCAGCCGAUCGUCGUAGCAAAGUCUCCAUGUCGGCGCCAUACGCGUAUAGCGGCAUUUUCCUUUCGCAUCUUUUCCCCUUUACGUGUGCUUGUCCACGACUGCAUAAAAGUUGUCUGUUGUUGCAGUCGGAGUUUUCUUGUUGCGUGCUUUUGAAGACAACUUUCCGGCCUGUCCUUAUCCACGGAAAAAAACCGGGGUGAAAAUAUUGAUUUCUAAGAAAAAAAGUGUUCUGAUUAUAUUCCUUCUCCCACCCGGUUAGCUUGGAUCAUAGUACAAGUGUAGCGUAAGCAUCGUUUGCUAUCGGAUAAGUGGGUACUUGACCAGAAAUGACACUUGCGUGCGCAACUGUAGAGUAUUGCACACCGGCUGACUCAUACCAGCACAUAGACUUUUGUUGUCAUCCAUAGUUCUCACCUUAGUUGAAGUUGGGCAUUCCAAUAUCCCACACCUUCCCGUACAACUUCAGGAUGUGAAGUUUGUUCACAUUCAGUGCGACAGUGUCCUUUGAGCUGUCGUGCACCGAGGAAGGGCACCAGUGUUACUAUGAAGUCAUCAUGUGUGAUUUCUGAAAAGGUGCAGCCCCAUUAACAGCGUUUGAACUUACUCAGAUGAAGACAAAACAUUCAUUAUCAUCAGCAACAAGGAGUUUGCAGUGAGCUUGUGUUGGUUUGAACCAGACCAGGAUGUAUUAUGCUAACGUGGAAUAAAUGGUUCUAUGAUCUUUGGGAGUGUUGCAAGCUGGAAACAGCCUUGUGUUUAUUCGCAGCUAAAAAGCAGAGCGGAAAUGAAUUUAUUGCUAUUGCUGAAGUGCAUCAUGUGAGUGUGAUUCUGACAUUGGCGGAAGAUGUCAUUUUGAUUAUCGUCAAAACCACCACAAUUUUCAGUUACAACCUUACAGACAUGCCCCGACGCAGUGACAGUCGAGUAAACAGACGGGGUCGGUCCAACAGCUCCUCUCCAACUGGCCAAAGACCACCAAAAACUCGGUGGAAGGCAGGGGCUGCGGAUGCUGAUGCUCAAGAAGGGGCCUCCGCCUUAAAAGAUCACGAAGAACCUUUAUCUCCCGUUCCUGGCAGUCCAUCAGGAGAGAGUGAGGCACCAAAAAAACAGUCCUCGGCAAAACAGCAGAGCAGGGAUCCAGACAAACGAGGCAUUGGCGUCACGACAACAACACGUGGGGGAAGGACGAUACGACAGCCGAAGCGCACCACCAGCCCCUCCUUCGAUGCAAAACCUGACCCUACUGCUGGACAGUCAAAGCCAAAGGUACCUACUCUGUCCCCACUGCAGCAGCAACAGCUGCAGCAGGAACAUUUUCAUCAGCAGCAUGUGCAGCAAGAACGUGUGCAACAGCAAAUGCAGCAGGAGCAACAAGCGCAGCAUUUUAGGCAUUUGCAGCAGCAGCAGCAGCAACAGCAGCAGAUGAGCCCUUCAGAAAAGGCUGAACACUUUUCCCAGGAUGUGCCACAGCCACUUUCUCAGAUUCAUAUACAGCAUCAGCUUCAGCAGCAGCAUCACCAACAACAACAACACCAGCUGCAGCUGUUGCAUCAACAGCAGCUACUGCAACAGCAACAACAGUAUGUGCAACAUCAGCAGCACCUGCAUGCAGAACAGCUGCAUGCCCAGCAGCAGCAGCAGAUGCACAAACAGCAGCAGCAACAGCACAUGCAGGCCAUUGCUAGUAGCAUGCCCCUGCUACAUCAGAUGUCAAGACCACCUGUUCUAAACUCACCCCCUGCAGCAUCUGCCAGCGAACUUGCCAAACCCUCUCCCAUGCCUCCCACAAGGCUAACACCAGAAAGCAACACAGAAGGUCCGCCCAUCGAGCCCUCUAGACGUGCCAUCGCAAAACCGCCCAAAAAACGGAAAGCGUCUGACAUGGGAGGUAUUGGCCCAACUCUUUCCCCAACAUUUCCGAUUCACCCGCCUGUGAAGCAGGUUGGCGUAGAUCUCAAGCAGUGGAAGAACCACAGAGUCCUUGCCCGCCGAAAUCGUGUUUUUCAGCCUGGUAUCAUCAAAGGAAACAAGAAUAACCAGCAUCUGAGCAUUGAGUUUGAUGACGAAAGCUUGAUCAGUUAUGACAAUGUCUUUGACUCUCCCACUUGUGAAAUCAUCAGCGACAACAGUCCAAUGCCGACGAUGAUCAGGACUGGGCUUGCUGUUUGUGCUCGCAUUGACACUGAUAACUACCACUUUUAUGAGGGCACAGUAAUGGAGAAGAGAAUGCUGCAGGGGGUGGCAACCUACAGAGUGAAGCUGAAUACGAUGCUGUACACAAACGUUAGUGAUGAACACUGGGUCUCGCGGGUGAACAUUCGCCUCCUACAGCCACCAUGGUUUGAAGACUUGGAAGAGCAAGCAGAGAGUGAGCCAACACAACAGCCGCUUCUUCCAAUCAUGAACCCACCCAUGGGGUACCCUAUGGAGCGCCCUGUCUCAUCAAAUGCUGGAUCAUUUGACCAUAUAGAGUCCUCAGAGGAUGAGAUGCUAGCUGUUGGCAAUGCAAGCUUUGAUUCUUCGGGUAUGAGCACACCAAGAUCUGGCAGUGCCACCCCAGGAUCAGGGUCAAGGUCACAAAACGAUCAUGAUCGAUCCAAACAGCCUUUGAAGAAAAGGGACACAAGUAGGAGUAGGAGUGCUCAGUCGACAGAAAGCAGCCGGUCGAGUACACCACGUCCCCCACUAUGAACAUGAGGUACAAGAAAGGAGAUGUUGUUUCA